GCUGGACAUCGCAGAGUCUCACUCACACACACACACACACACUCACACACACAUUCGCACACACACACACUCGCACACUGCUGGAUGACAAACCCAGCAUCGGCGUUCACGUACAUUCUCUGUGGAUUAUUUGAGACAUUAACAGAGUGGAGAGUCGAUGAUGAUACUCAGGACUUUUCUCUGGACAGUGUUUCUGCACCUGGUUUUCACCACAGCUGAAGAUGUUAAAGACAUUUCAGCCUCAUCCGUCCUACAGAGACAGAAACGAGAAUGGCAGUGGAACAUGUUGAUCGUGUACGAGGAAAAACCACCUCAGGAUCCCCCAGAGGUGAUUGGCAAGCUGAAGAACACUUUCUUCAAUGAAAGCAAAGGCAGGAACGUGGAGUUCAGGCUCUUGGGAGAAGGAGCAGGCGACAUCUUCACCGUGAAUGAGUUUGGAGAUGUGCUCGUGAUGAAGAAGCUGGAUCGAGAAAAAAUCAGCAGCUACAAAUUAACAGCACAAAUCAUUAAUACUAUAAGUGGACAAGAGCUUGAAGAGCAGUCUGAGUUCACCAUAAAGGUCCAGGACAUUAACGAUCACACACCCGAGUUCUCCGAGCCUUACGCCGGGUCUGUUGAUGAGCGAGCACGCCCAGGAACGGUGGUGAUGACAGUGCGAGCGACCGAUAAAGAUGACCCGAGUUCUCCCAACGGAAUGGUGACCUACACACUGCUGAACGCAACCAACGUCUUCAACAUUAACCGCAGAACAGGUGAAAUUACAGCUAAAAAUAAUAAUCUGGAUCGUGAGUCUCAGAGUGAGUAUAAAGUGUUGGUGCAGGUGUCGGACACGCCCGGGUCAACAGGAGGACUGUCAGCGAGCACAGUGAUGACCAUCACUAUCAACGACCUUAAUGAUAACGAGGCUACGUUCUCCAAACAGAGGUACAGCUUCGUAGUGGACGAGGACAAACCAGCGGGGUUCAUAAUUGGAAAACUGGACAUUCAAGACCGUGAUGAGAAACAGAAUAAAAGGCCCAUGUUUACUAUAGAGCAUUCAUAUCACCACGUGUUUGAUGUGGAGCACAACGACAAUUACGAUGGAGUUCUCAUACUGAAGAAGGAACUCGACUACGAAACCAAGGCGAGCUACACCUUCACUGUAAAUAUUAAAGAGUAUGUUGUCCAGCCUCCCGACAACAGUAACGCCUGGACGUCUGCUACCAUCCACAUCAACGUUAAAGACGUGGAAGAGCCGCCGGUCUUCUCCCAGAAAGUGUACAACUUCACUGUUAAAGAGGAGCAGAAAAACAUCAUUGUGGGAUCAGUUUCAGCCAGAGACAUGGACAAAACCAACCACAAGAUACGGUACAGCAUUAAGGAUCCUAACAGUCCAGUGAACAUUAACAGUGAGACGGGACAGCUCACACUGAAGAAAGCACUGGACCGAGAAGUCCAGAAAGAAUACAUGUUCCUUGUUAUGGCAGAGGAAGAAUCCAACAAAAAGCUGAAAUCUUAUGUGACAGUCAGAAUAAAUGUCCUGGACAUUAAUGAUAAUGACCCAGAGCUACCCAAGGACCUCGAGCUGCACAUCUGUGAGAACGAUGAGAGCGGAACUGUUAUUGGUCUCAUUAGUGCCUUCGACUUGGAUGAGAAUCCUGGAAGAUUUCAUUUCAGUCUUAUAGGAAAGAGUUCAAACUUCUCUCUUCAUGACAAUCAGAAUAACACAGCCAGCAUCAUCCUGACUCAUGGAGGUUUCAGAGCUGAGAGUUCAGAAAGGAAAUUUCUGGAAGUGGAGAUUACAGACGGUGGAACUCCACCAAGGAAAAAAGUCGCACAGGUUCCCCUGCAGGAGUGUGAGUGUGGGAGUGAGAGACAAUACAAACGCUGCAAAGCCCCCACCAUGUCCAGCCUUGGCAUGAGCGCUAUCAUCGCCAUCCUGCUCUGCAUCGUCACCAUCCUCGUGAUCGUGAUUCUCUUCGUGUUGCGUAAACGCUAUCAGAAGGAGGCUAUAGUGGCUCUGGGAAAGCCAUCCGGUGAGAUUCACGAGCAGCUUGUGGCGUAUGAUGAAGAAGGUGGAGGAGAAAUGGACACCAACGUGUACGACGUCUCCAUCCUGACCUCGGCUCGCUCAGAUGGCCGGCUCUGUCCUGAUCCUCCUCCGGCCAUGUACGCCGUGGUGAAGAAGCCCUCGGCCUGUAAAGGAGACAUGGCAGUGAUGAUCGAGGUGAAGAAAGACGAGGCCGAUCACGACCGGGACGGAAUUCCCUACGACACGCUGCACAUCUACGGCUACGAGGGGUCCGAGUCCCUCGCCGGGUCGCUGAGUUCACUCGAAUCGGCUUCUUCCUUCGGAUCUGACCUCGAUUACGACUUUCUGAGCGACUGGGGACCUCGAUUCAGGACACUCGCACAAAUUUACGGCUCUGAUGUGAACACUUCGUACUGAUCCCUGGACACCAAAACCCACAAGGAGAAGAUAAAAGAAGAUGCUCGAGUUCAUUCAGGAAAAAUUACAUUAUUAUUAUUAUUAUUAUUAUUACUAUUAUUAUCAUCAUUAUGUCCCAUCUUUAUAGUGGAACAUUUGGUUUUCUAAUUGAUUAUAUUUGAAUAUUUUUUAAUAGGACAGUUGCUCAGCUCCUGAUGCUGAUCUCAGAGCAGCAGAAACUCUCAAAAAUAAACUUUUAUAACUAAAUAAACUAACACUUCUUAUUCUUAUUAUAUACUUUUAAGAUAAAUCACACAUUCUGCAUGUUAGUGUUGUCUCUGUUAGUGUCUCUCUGAUUUAUUAUAACGGCACACACUCGGGUUAAUAGUACACCUUAUCCCGCAGGGUUCUAGAGCAGUUCUUAUCUUUCAUCUGUCUGAAUUUUUCAUAACUCAGGUGUUCAGCUCACAUCUACUCUUUAUCCAUUUUUAUAUUAACUCACUGCUGUCACUUAACAGGACAAACAAACCCUGCAGCUUGAGACCAUGUGACCUCCUCUGUCCUGAAGAAACCUUCAAGAACCUUCUGACCAAUCAGAGUCCAGAAUACUAUUUAACACCAAAACUGUCCACACCAGGGGAGGAGAAAUGACUGAACACUCUAUAGAUGUGAUAUUGUUUAAAGUUAUUACAUUUAACACGAACGAGAAACACACACACACACACACACACACACACACACGAGUAAGAGUAAUAUUAGCUGCAGGAAAUGGCUGCAGUCAUGCAGCAGUGGGAGAAACACAGGAAACGGUAUAAAGAGCCGCUGACAGAAUUACAGAGCAAUCGGAGUUUAUUUGACAGAAAUCAUCAACACCGAGACUGUGUGUGUGUGUGUGUGUGUGUGUGUGU